AUGACUUUUAAGGUGUUCCGACAUGGUGAUCGAUCACCAAUUGAGUCGUAUCCCAGAGAUCCUCAUGGAGAGCAAGUGUGGGCUCAGGGCUUCGGACAGCUGACUGAGCUGGGCAUGAAACAACAGUUUGAGCUGGGCAGAUUUCUAAGGAGGCGUUAUGGAAACUUUCUCAGUGAGGAGUACAACAACAAAGAGUUAUACGUGCAGAGCACUGACUACGACCGAACUCUGAUGAGUGCCCAGGCCUGCCUUGCUGGGAUGUUCCCUCCAACCAGACGCCCAGCUCCCAUCGUGCCCCAGUUACUGUGGCGGCCUAUUCCCGUACACACCAUCCCCAGGGCCCAGGACAAGCUGUUGAAGUCUCCAGGCAAAGACUGUCCAAAGUUCAGAGCGCUGAUGACGGAGACCUUUGAGAGUCAGCCUUACCAGAGGUUCCUCAGGGCUCACCAGUACUUUGUGGAGCGACUUUCCAAUCACACUGGCUACCCUAUCUCCAAACUGGUUGGCAAAAAAAUAUGGAGGGUCUACGACACUCUUACCUGUCAGAGGAUCCAUAACUUGACUCUCCCACGCUGGGCCACCCAAGAUGUUCUGGACACCCUGAAGAGAGUAGCAUCAUUUGAGGUCAUGUACAGCAUACUCAGUCACAAGCGAAAAGAGAAGGCCAGACUCUCAGGAGGGGUCCUACUGAAUGCCAUCCUGAGGAAUUUCUCAAGGGCUGUGGAGCACGGGAGCCCUCUCAAAUUCAUUAUGUACUCAGCUCAUGACUCGACACUCAUCACCCUCCAGGCAGCUCUGGACGUGUACAACGGUCUUCUUCCUCCUUACGCUGCCUGUCAACUAUUUGAGUUUUACCAGGAGUAUGAUGGUUCCUAUUCUCUGGAGCUGUAUUACCGCAAUGACUCCUUGCGUGACCCCUAUCCCAACUCGGUGCCAGGAUGCAACGGGUUGAACCCAUGCCCUUUGCCUGUGUUCACUGAGCUGGUGCGGGACGUGAUGGCAGAGGACUGGGAGGCUGAGUGUGGGUUUAGGACCAAAUGGUCAAGCACAGGUGUCAUAACAACUCUUGCAGUGGCUGUGGGUCUCCUGGCAGUGGCGCUGUUGUUCAGCAUAGGAGUGGCAAUCUGCAGGAGGAGAACACACUACUCCAGGGAGGUGUAAAGAAGUCGACUGUAACACGUGCCAAAAAUACAGAAAGGUGCUUAUCAGCUGUAGAAACAGCUCGAAUGAUAAAAAUAUGCCAUGUAUUUGAAUAUUUUAGAUGCUGAUUGGGUGAGUGCAGAGGAGAUGGUGAGCUC